AUGGACCGCGAGACCCGCUACGGAGACCGCGGUAGUGCGAGUAGCGGGUGCCAGUUGAAAUUCGCCUCUCGAAUCGCUGGCAGUGGAGCCAGCAGCGUCGGACUGAUGCAGACAGCACCAAGACAGCCGUUGGGGGGAUGUGAUUGGCCAAGUCCAACACAAGAGAGCGGACUCGGGCUCGUCCCAAAAGAUUCUCAAUGGCACAAGGCAACAUCAGUGCAGAAGAGGCAGCUCGUUGUGCAGGAGGUGAGAAAACAGGAGGAGGCGGAGCAACACGACAAGGCCGUCUCAAUGGCUAAGCGGGGCCAAUGGGCUAACUGGGAGAGCCUGGAAAAGAGGAAACUCAGCUGGCAAAUGGAGGGAUCUCGGCUAAGUUUUGUCACCAGAGCCACUUAUAAUGUUCUGCCCUCGCCCCAGAACCUGAAACACCCCGGGACCCCGCUUAUUCUCUCAUCAAACACCUGCAUCACUAAGCUGUUGACGCCCAUUCACCGCUCCGCCCGCCACAUCUGCAGCCGAUCCGCAUUCCCGCAAGAUGAACAUCCUCAAGCUCCACACACCGCUGUUGAUGCCCGUUAUUUCCAGCUGUUGACGCCCAUUCACCGCUCCGCCCGCCACAUCUGCAGCCGAUCCGCACUCCCGCAAGAUGAACAUCCUCAAGCUCCACACACCGAUUAUGAUGGAGAAAUCCAACGGCUGGAAGACAAGGAAACUCUCUUUAUGUUACUCGCUCUACACAUGGAGGAGUCCCCACUCUGUGAGUCUCCAAUUUCUGAACCACCUGGUGAUCAGAUUAAUAAAACUGGGAUUGUCAUGUGCGAGUCCACUUCCAUCCAGCGAAUCGUGGCAAUGGACUGCUCUCGGAAACAGCUACAUGCCGUGCAGCUCGUCAUGAUGAACCUGACGACAAUGGCAAAAGGGUGCAACGUGUACCUCUCCAGGAAACCCUGCACUGAAUGCGCAAAAUGUCUAGUUCAAGGAGGGGUAAGAUCUGUACGUUUCUGGCCCAAGGACCCAGAAUUUAGCCUCAGCAGUGACAAGAAAAGGAAAGAUUUCUACGAAACCAACCAGAUUUUCAGAAAGAGCAACACGAUACUGGUGCCAUUCAUCCCAAUCAUCAACGAGACUACUGUAUACAAUCUGUGCCGGCGAACCCGCAGGCAGAAGUGUGAACAAUGUCUGAAAUCCACUUCCGAACCCAGCUUAGAGGAGGAGCUGAAUACCAACUGGAUGGAUUGUGGCUUUACUCCCCAGUCUGACAUAGAAGGCAUGAAAGCCAUGAUCAAGAGCACAGUGUGCAGCUACUAUGCACUCUUAAAUUGUAGCCAUGGCACCAUGCCUGAGCAUGAGGAGAUCUCCCUGGGCAUUGCUACUCAUGGUCUGCAACUUUGCUUCCUGCUGGCUGCUCGUUCAGAUGAUCCACAUCGUGGUGUUGGAGCAAUAAUCUACAACAAGAAGCAGUAUAUUGUUGGAGCUGGCUAUAAUGGGUACAUCAAGAAGGCAACAUAUGGAAACUUCCCUCGCCGUGGGCAAAAAAAAAAUUCGAUACCAGCCAAAGCCAAAUCCAUGGUUCAUGCAGAAGUGAACACACUUCUCCUCAGGUCAGACAGGGACAUCGAUUCUGCUGUGCUGGUUUCUUCCAAAACACCCUGCAAAGAAUGUGAAAUGAAGAUCAUCGCUUCUGGCAUAAAGACUAUGGUUUCUGUCAAAGAUGUGCCGGAAUCAAAGAGGGAUAAAGAAUGGAAACACAUUGUGUGGAAGUGGCCCAAAGACGUCCAAGUAUAUCGAAUACCAUUCAACGAUGACUGCUAG